UGUAACGACACUGAACGAGACGAGAUGCUAUGCCACCUGUAGCCUCUACCAGGCGAGGACGCCGAAUCUCAUCCAAAGCAUGCGACGCCUGUCGUUCUCGAAAGGUGCAAUGCAUCAUAGACGGGGACGGCCAGGUCUGCAAUCGCUGCGCAGCGAACCAGAUAGACUGCACAUUCCUUAGCCAGCGCAAACCGCGCGGGCCUCCACCACGGCCGUUCAACACAUUCGCCGUUCCAGUGGGUGAACUCUCCCUCGCACUCUUCUGCGAUCCAUCGGUGCUACGACACAUUGUGCGAGACUAUCUCGACCUUGUAUACCCGCUGCUUCCUCUCGUCCACCGCGGAACGUUCAGUACGCAAUUUGAAACCAACACCAUCGAUGCAGCGGAACACGAACCGGCCUUCUUCCGGCUCUGCCUCGCGCUCUGUGCCGUGACGGUGGCAUCUCUCCCGAAGAAGUUCAAUGAAUACAGCAGGGGAAGAUAUGCCGAUAUCGGCGCGAUGGUUGACCGCGCAUGUCAUCUAGUAUUGCUCAGCAGGAUCUCUACGGAGUCUCUGUGGCAGGAACAUCCAGCCACCAGCACUGUAAUUGUGUCUGUGCUGCUUGCUACCGCAAGCCUGUAUGCUGGAAGGGCGAACCAAGGAUGGGGCUACGCAAUCGAGGCGAUUCAUUUCUUCCGUGCGCUGGGACUCUAUCGACCAGAAGUUUACGAGCACUUGCCGCCUCUCGAAAGAGAGUUUUGCAAGCGAACGUUCUGGCUGCUUUACAUCAUGCAAAUACAUGACCGUCUUUCGGCUGUCAUUCCUCACACUGGGCUCAGCUUUGACCCUCUGCGAACUGACUGGCAGUUUAUGUUCCCUCAGGAACUUGACGAUGAGGAUAUCAUAAACCCAGUCGCUCUGGUCACCGGUACCCGAGUUUAUUCAGGAUUGCCGGUGAUCUCUGGCUUCAUUGCUCUGAUCAAGGUCUAUCUCUGCAUCGUCGAUCUGCUCUCCUAUGGCCUUCCCGGUUUCUAUCCCCCUGUCUACGCCACGAGCUUCAGCAGCGUCCACGCCUCGAUACAUCCCGGCCAGUCGCUUGGAACGGAUGCCACGAUGAGUUUGAAAACCCUACUUCGCAUUGUGAGAAAAGUGCAGACCGCACUCGAACAGCUGCCUGAUGAACUCAGCAUCUCGACGCAGCCCCAAACACCCGAAGGGCAAUCACCGAGCUCUGAAUUGCUGGAAAAUCAGUUCAACAUCAUGAAGGCCAAUAUCCACAUCACGAGUCUCUACAUACAAAGCACGAUCCUAGAAGCCUGCUCCAGCGCGUUCUCGCAUUCGAACGGCGACAUGGCCGGUUCGCCUCUUGAAACAGGGUCAAGCCUAGGUGCACCGCCUCGGACGCAAAUCUGGGUGUAUAGAAAGAGCAUCGCAAAAGAGCUUCUUGAUGUACUCCAUUUUUGUUCUUCGAGAAGCCUGGAGGCGAACGGGCAGUCCGUCAUUGUGAAAAUCCGCGAGAUCGCGGCUACUCUACUCAACAAUGAUGAUGUUUCAAAAGCUUCUUCUGAGCAGGAGGAAGAAUCGCGGCAGCUAUUAUGA